CAGAUCUGCUGCAUUCUGUAGGCUGCCAGAAGGCAGGUGAUCAUUGCUAGCUCGAUGUACCACAGGUCAUGUGAUCAGGAUAUGGUGGAGAUUUGUAUUCCAGGCAAAACAAAAGAGGGAUGCUGAAAAUGCAGUAAACAUCAAUUUCACAGGUCCCACGCUGCAAGAAAAGAAUCUACUGACACGUCUAUAAGGUCGAUUCUAGAUGAUGAGGGAAUGGACAUUCCUCCUGACGUAGCAGAAAUACGAGCUGAACCUCCAAAUUCCUUGGAUUGGAAUGGCUCCCACACCAGAAAAAUAAAGCUUACUGCUCCCAAUAUCAACCUAUCUCUGGACCACAGUGAAGGAUCCCUUCUUUCCGAUGACAAUCUUGAUACCCCAGAUGAGCUGGACAUUAAUGUUGACGAUCUCGACACUCCAGAUGACGCAGAUUCCUUUGACUAUGCAGGCCAGGAUGACCAACCUGCACGUGGGGAAGCUGUACAGGAGGAUUUUGAAUCUAUACAAGAGUACACAGCUGAAGGGGAAAGGGCUGAUAAUAGGCUAUGGAGGACGGUUGUCAUUGGGGAGCAAGAGCAGAGGAUUGAUAUGAAGGUCAUUGAACCAUACAAAAAAGUUAUAUCUCAUGGAGGUUACUAUUGUGAAGGUAUAAAUGCCAUCAUUGUGUUCGCUGCAUGCUUUUUGCCUGAUAGCAGCCGUCCAGACUACAACUAUGUCAUGGAAAACCUUUUUCUCUAUGUGAUCAGCACCUUGGAGCUUAUGGUAGCAGAAGACUAUAUGGUUGUCUAUUUGAAUGGUGCUACUCCAAGAAGAAAAAUGCCUGGCUUAGGAUGGAUGAAGAAAUGUUACCAGAUGAUUGAUCGGAGGUUAAGGAAGAAUUUAAAGUCUUUUAUAAUUGUUCAUCCAUCGUGGUUCAUCAGGACAAUAUUAGCACUGACAAGACCUUUUAUCAGCUCCAAAUUUAGCAGCAAGAUAAAGUAUGUCUCCACAUUAGCAGAGCUCAGCGAACUGAUUCCAAUGGAAUAUGUGCAAAUUCCAGAGACUAUUGUGAAACUGGAUGAAGAAUUGAGAGAAAGUGAAUCUGCCAAAGCUGGCUGUCUUCCCAAUGAACCUGAAAUGAAUAAUUUGGAGGCAGAAUUUGAAAAGAAGAUGGGAGACAAUGUCUAAAGCCAUGGGAAAGAGGAAAAAGAAGAAUCUUAUUCAAGACUAUAAAUAAUUAUCUAGAAGUAAAAUUUUAUGAUAUGAUUUUCUUUGCAUUUAUUUUGUGGACCUAUCUAUAUUCUUUUUUUAAAGCCUUUAAUUUAAUAACAGAUGUCAGUGAGGAAAUCUCUUUAACCUUCAACAGCAACAGCCAGUUAUGUUAUUACAGUUAACAUGCAAAUUGUAGAAUAUUAGAAUGGCGUGUGCCUGCUAAGUCAUGAUGCCCUCUCAGCAUGCUCAGUAAGAUCAUAACACCAGCUAUAUAUCUGUGCACAGGUUAACUGCAAGCUUAAGUGCUAUAAAAUCAUGUGUAAACUUUGUGCAAGCACAUGUAUUCAGAAUAUUAUAUAGAGUCUUCAUUGAUCAAGAUUGAUCAGUAUGUUUGUUUCCUUUUAAAGCAGCAGGGAACCAAAUCAAUAUAGAAGGUAGCCUGAGAAACAAAGCUUUUUAUCAUGCUUAAUGUAUGUAAUUAUUAGGUUAAAUUACUAUGGAAUGGAAAGCUUCUCUAAUGUUAAAUUCGUUAUUUUGUACUAAUCUAUUUAACUAUGCAGUUGGUCUUUAAUGUUUGCCUUUGUCUUCUGCCAGCCUCCAAGCUGGCAUUGAAAUGACCAUCUGGUGUAUGUUUGUAUAAGCGUGUGCUUUUUCUGUACAGGUAUGGGAUCCGUUAUCGGGAAAAUCGUUAUCCAAAUUAUAGAAAGGCUGUCUCCCAUAUAGAC